GGCUCUUCCUCAUGCACAACACAACAUUGACAAUUAGCCUUUUUGCACAGUGCGAUGGCCAGCCAGAGUGCUCACAGUGCCUGCGUCGUGGGCUCAAGUGCGAAUACAGAGUGCUCACCGACGCCAUUCUGAAGGCCAUCCCCGCCGGCUUCCAGCUAGUCGAUAAGGAGGAGUCUUUGAGCAAUGCCGACGCCGCCGACUUGCUCGAAAUCCUCAAGGGCCUUCCCGAAGACGAGGCUUUCGAGGGUCUGCAGCUCCUGAGAACUGGCAACGAUCCAGCCCUCAUAUGCCUUGCCUUGCGGGGGAACGAUGCCGGCCUGUCGUCAGCUGUGCUGAACAGGGCAAUCUUGCCACCCAAACAGUCCUCCCUGGAAUUCGAGCUGAUGAUGAGACAUCCUGUUGCCUAUCCCACUUGGCCGCCGCCUCGGUCAUCCAAAGCCGACUUGGACUUCCUGUUGCUUCCGAGGGAAGUCCUCUCGAGCAGGAACGGCUCGACUGGAAAUGCAGACUCGUUUUCGCAGUACGUUCAUCAUCAAGGAGGGGAAAGCUCCAACUCGGCAAGCUUGGUCGGGUCGCGCAAGCCAUCGACGCUGUACGACAAUCGGUUACUGAGUGUCGACAUAACACAAUGGACGGACGUGCCUGUCACCAACGAUUUUUCCAUCGCAGUUCUGCAGCUUUAUCUUGAGACCGACCACCCGAUGAUGCCACUGAUUGACGACGAUCUGCUUCUAGACGGGCUGCUCGGUAAGAACGAGUUCUGUUCUCGAAUCCUCGUAAGCGGGCUAUUUGCCUGGGCUUGUCAGGGAUACGCAGCCUUCGAGCCCGAGGCCAUCAUCGUGGGCCACUCCUUCUACGAAGAAGCAAAGAGACUAUGGAGGAGUACCAAGGAGGCCGGAGUCAGAUACGGCAUCUGUACAGUGGCAGCGGUGCAUUUUUUGUUGAUGACUUCGGUCACCCUUGGGGCGGGAGCUCAGCAUGUCGAGUUCCUCGAUGACCUUUUGGGCAUGUCCAGAAGGCUUGAACUCUUCAACAUCGACCCUUCUCACGACGUGCGACUCGACCUCGACAAAGGCGCAACCUAUCGAAAGGCCAAGUCCCAGAUAGCCUGGGUUUUAUUCGUCUAUCUAACCUUCUUCUCGACACAGCUCCACCAGCGCUUGAUCGAGCACCCGCCCCGCGGGGCCCUGCCAGGCGACGACAUUCAAGUUGCGAAAGACGUCGGCACCAUCCCGAAAGAAAGAAAAAGACAAAUCGACAAUGCAAACUUGCUUAGAGAGCACUGUCGCCUCUUCCUGAUAGUCCACGACAUGGUCAAAAGCAUGUACGGGCCGACACAGACCGCGUGCGCCAACGCUGUCACCUUGACCUUUGCCGAGGAGACUUACAAGCGCCUCUUGAUGUGGGCAGAUAACCUACCCCUAAAUUUGGCUCAGGGGGACCAGUGUACACAUUACGCGGUGGUUCUGCACAUCUACCACCAUUUGGCUAUCAUGGACCUGUUCCGGCCUCUGCUUCAGCACAACGGCGCUCCUCGGCAGCGACUCUCUACCUUUCAGUCCGAAGAGUCCACCCCGGAUGCUGUCUACGCGGCAUCCGUAAAACAGUUGAAGCGGAUCGUUAUCUCCUAUCGGCAUAACCACCCAGAGUCGUCCUACUCCUUCUUCUGGCACCCGGCGCUCCUAUACCUCGCCAACGCAACGCUCACCGAGGUGACGGUCACGGGACAUACGCCCGACUGGCGAUUCUACCUCCGCCUCUGCAUCGCCUGCUACCAGACGUUAUACACCGGCUUCCGCCUGGCCAAGGGGAUCACACUGAGCCUGCUGUCCAUGGCCCUCGAGAAGGGCGCGAUGGAUAUCCCGCAGGCGAGAGCGAUCAGGCAGGAUCUAGAGUUGCGGGGAAAGCACCACACGAUACCCGACGAGGUUCCUGUCUACUGGGUCGUAGACCUGGACCUGGCCGUGACGGAUCCUUCUGCGGCGCAGGUGGAGAAUCUGGUGCAGAGGUUUCGGGAGCUCCAACUCAGCGAGACGAGUGACACUUUUGAGUCAUGAGCCCCAACCAAGGGCCAAGCCAAGCCAAGAGAUGGCUUGUCAUAAUUUCGUAUGUUCAAAAGUUGAUGUACAAGUACACUAAUACAUGCAAUCCCCUCACCCACCCCCUGUCCGGUCCAGUGCGCGCAGCAAGAAUCCGUUCCCCCUUCCAACCUUGUGCGAGUCAGAUGCAGCCGGCGGUGCGAGAGUCCAUUAUGUUUCUCAUACAACCAUUGGUGUGCCAGAGUAAGGAUGAGAUUGAAUGAGAUCCUUGCGCAGUCGCUGAGGGCAGGCAUGAGGUGCACCGCACCCCAAAAAGUGGCCUGAUAGCUUACACCGUUCAUGCCCAAUGGGGUUCUACAACGAAUAUGUACUUGUACGUGUACCAUAUCGUACGUGAAGUUGACACCGUUGAUAUGUAUGUUACUUUUGAGUUAUUUGACGCAGACCCUGAAGCGUCUAGUCCCGAGUUUAUGCAGUCUGCCUCCAAGCAUGCUUCUUCAUAAGCCAUCCCUCCUCCUUGGCGACGCCGCGCCCGUGACUUUUCCUAAGACGGCCCCCGACAUCAUCCGACGCGUAU